AUGAAUAAAACAUUUGCGGCCCUUUCCCUUGCAGGGAAUAGGCUGCCUUUUUACAACGGAUUUACUCUGAGCAGUGGUCAUACCACUCAGUUUUUUAAUUUUAAAAUCAGAAAUUCGUUUUCUACUUUUAUAAAUAUCAAUUCUAUCAAAGAAACGCUCAAAGUUUCCGGAUCAUCAUUCAACAGAUUUCUCAGAUCACCAAUCAAGGUUGAUUCAUCAGCAGAUAUGACAAGUAUUAUGGUUACUCAGCACACAAUAAUUGAUGCUGACAAAUCCGAUGUAUUUAUUAUCGAUACUUCAUUUUCUCACUGUUUUGAUGUCAACGAUCAUGGCGGUGCUAUUCUAUUUGACAGGAAGACGCUUUCUGUUACUAUGGAUCGCGUUUUCUUCACGAAAUGUACGACUAGCCAUUCAGGCGGUGCUUUUUAUGCAGCGCUUGAUGGUGCCACAAUCCUUAGAACAUGUUUUGAGGAGUGUGAAGCCUUGGAAAGUGGUCAUGCGUUUUUUAUAAAUCUCAACUCUAAAGAAUUCGUUUCCAACUUCUCAGAAGUUUCAAUAAUACACUCUUGUCCUUCUACCUCCCGCACCGGCAAGGCAGCGGCCCUUUUCUUGACCGGAAAUUACAAAAUCCAAUUAACAAAUGCAUCAAAUAACCAUGCUGGUGGCUUCGCUUCCGCAUAUGGUGCUCUUGGAUCAAAUUCACUAACAAUCAUGUUUAACGAGUUCCAGAACUCUUCUUCAACAAAUACAAUCAGAUUAUUGGAUCUUCAGAAAUCUCUUACCGUUGCGAUGUCAAACUUCAUAGGCAACAAGGCCGGAACAUCACUUAUCGAAACGUCUGCGGACAACAGCUUCGUAAACGUUGUUUUCCUCCAAAAUAAAGUUCCUCAUUUAAUUUCUGGUGAACCAUCGAAGCUUUUAGUUGCCGAUUGCGUUUCUGAUACAGAGUAUACAUUGGAGAACGCGGAAACACCAGGCUUUACCGUUAAAAAAGACGCGGAAGAACAUAUUAUCAAUUUCGUUUUCGCUGGACACUGCAGGGUCGUAGCCGAGCAAGAGGGCCUCGACUCCCAAAUCAAAAUCAAAUCCGUAAUCAAGGAAAUUUCGGAAAAUCAAAAAUCAUAUUUCAACAAAUUAGCAGCGAACCUUACAUUUUCACCACCGAUGGUCACUCCUCGUUAUGUUGUACACACCGAAGAGCCGGAAAUCGAGAAUCCGGACAUAAUUCCACCACAUCAUGGAAGAAAUGUACCAACGAGGACCCGUAGAAUCAUAAAUCCACAUCCUUACGAGUCAGAUCCAUACAUAUCCCACCAUCCACGUAACAAUUCCCAUCCUCCUGUUGGAGUUAUUACUCCGAUUUCUGUUCCGCCACGAAACUUGCCUCAGGACACAAGAACUCGGGCCAAUCCACCGAGAGUUAUCGCUCCUACGGCAAGUUUCUCUCCGUCUGAGACUUUCUACAAAUCUCGGACAUUCCUUCCUUCUCUCCAGUUCACUGCAUCGCAAUCGCCUGCUCAGAGCCUUGUUCCUUACGUCCUGUACUCUGCUGCUGGCUUCAUUGUGUUCGCUGUCCUUACUUCUUUCUUGUUCCUCAAAAGCAGCGAUGCCGGAUACAACUUGAUGACGCCGUCAGAAUCUGCAGACUCCCGUAUCUCAGAUUACGCAUCUUCUACAUCUACAACUAUUACUAUGACAGCGGAAUCGUCAACAUCUGUAGUCGUGUAA